CCAGAGGAGAAGUGAGGGAAGAUCAGAAGCAGAGACCUUAACCCUUUGUCUCCUCCUGCCCCUUCCCUCUGGGGUUUAUCCCUCUCUCGGCCUCUUCAGAAUUAAACUCAAACCUUACCUCUUGGAGGUCGGAUCCUGGCAUUGUGAAGAGCAGCAGCCCAUAUUUGUGUCUAUACACACCCACAUAGAUUGUAAGCUCUACAGGGUAGGAACCACCUUCCUCCUGUGUCCUUGUCCUGUAUACGUUUUAUCUAUUUCAUUGUAUCCCUGUCUGCACUACUACUGUAUGGGAACUACAGGCACCGGCUCAUGCACAGACAGUUUUAUAGAAUACACUUGUACAUAGCGGCACAUUCAUUGUGUGAGGCCAGAUACAUCUGUUACAUAUGAGUGUGAGUGUGAGGGGUAUUUGUGUAACAAUGUGUGUGAGUGUGUCAGACAAUAUAUUGAUCCCCAGACACACAACAUGGCUAUAUAUAUAUGUGUUUACUGUAUGUGUAAUAUGUAUGCGUAAGUAUCUCAGUGUGGGUGUAUGUAGAUGAAGGUUCUGCCCCAAGGGACCCAACACUUUCCCCUCCCCACUCCCUCCCUUGGGGGUUCCCUCUACCCCCCCCUGGGUCCUGCCCUGUGGGUUGAACACGUUGCAGCUGAUGAAGGGGAAGUCAUUUGGCGUCAGUAGGAGGGAGUGGGAGACUGAGAUCAGAACCGACGAGCAAUGGGGAGACUCACAGUUUGGCAGGUGGGCUCCUAGCUCAUGUGGCCCUGGCACACUCUGGGGAAUGGAGUUAUCACAGGGCCCCGUGCUCCUCAAUGGCCUCUUUGUGCUGUGCACAGUGCUGAGUGCAGGUAUGUCUGACCAGCUCUCUAUCUCAGCCCAGGUGGGCUCCAGUGUCAUCCUCCCAUGUGAUGUGUCCCCACCCAGUGACUUGCAGUGGAAGACCCUUCGUCUGUUUGUCCAGAGACAGAGUCAUGGUGAGCGGGAGGCAGUUGUCUUUUCCUUUUCAGAGAAUGAGGAGCAAAGAGGCUACCAAAGCCCACGCUAUCGAAACCGCACCCACCUCUUCCGCCAUAAUGUCAGCCUCUCCCUGUCUCACAUUGACCCCUGGGAUGAGGGCCAGUAUGUGUGUCACGUCUUCCUGAAAGUCAAUGGGGGACAUCAAGCUCCACUGACAACCAAACUGAGCCUCUCUGUCUGGGCUGGUUUCUCCAAGCCAUUGAUACUGAGAAGAGAGCAAGAAGCCGUGUGCAUAUCUGUGGGUGGGUACCCCAAAGGCAGAUUGUCCUGGACAUUCUCACCCCAUGUUCAUACUGAGUGGGCCAACACCAGUGGAGAGGAAAACCCAGAGACCAGGCUGUACAAUGUCAGUGCUCAGAUUCCAUUAAAUACGUCCACGAGUGGCAGAAUGACGUGCUGUGUGCACUAUGCGGAGUGGCAGUUCUGCAGUGAUCCCAUGGAUGUACCACCUAACAGAGAGCACCCAUUUCACCACAAUCGGGCCCUUUUAUGGAUGGACACUCCAUGGACCUGGUAUCUCACUCUCUCUUUGGGUUUAGCAGCAUCUCAUUGGUUAAGUUGAUCACAGAGAGAACGGUGAGACCAGAUUGGUUGUUAUGUUCCAUUAAUAGGGUCCUAUUAUGGCCUCUGUGAGGCAAUGAACUUACUAAUGAUUGACAAUUUGCUCCGGAUGCGAUUACUUGGCUUAACAGGGUGGCACCUACUAUGGCUAUGGCUAUGGUUGGAUUAUGGGAACAGUCAAGCAAAGAAAAGGAGAAUGAUUUGAAAGCCAACAUGGAACCCAAAAUUACCUCCGAUCACAGAGACACUGCUGGAACAGAGACAAGAAUACACAGGGGCAAAGAGAACAUCCAGUGACAGUUUCAUGUGACAUUCAGAGUUGCACCUUCUGUUCCCAGCGUCACCCCUAGUGUCAACUACUCCCAGGAAUUUGAUGUGCAGGACACUCUCCUGGCUGGAAUGUCUAGGAGACCAUGACAGAGAGAGGACUUUCUUCCUACAUUGGAUGUGAUUUGUACAAAGUCCUAUUAGCAAUGAAGCCCAUUGGUUACCGAGAGCAUGUGACUUCCAAUAGAAAAGCACCUGUUUGCUGUUGUCAUAGAGACAGAAUAAAGUCUUAUAUUUUUUA